AUGAUAAAUGAUAUUCGCAAUGCACCAAAAGAAAGUCUCAGUUUACAAGAUGCUAUCAAUGAUAUGAUGCAGCUGGAACAUGUCAUGGGCAAGGAGCUCCAAUAUGAUCCCUACCACAUAGAGGUUAUCAAAGGCACUUUGACUCGGCAUAUCAGCACUCAACUCCCUGAUAUUCAUGCUGAGAUUUUGGAGGCAUUAGCAGCAGAGCUUCCAGAAGAAACUGAAUGGAAGGAAGUUCAUGCUUUCAGAGCAAUCAGGAAAAUUGUGUGCAGAGCAACCAAUAGAGCUUUUGUUGGUGCUCCAUUGUGUCACAACCCAGAAUAUAUGGACCUCAACAUAAAAUUUGCAAUCAAUGUCUUUCUUACAGCAGUAAUUAUGAAUCUUAUACCAGGUUUUAUGGGAUUCUUGAAAGUUGCAGUUGCCAAAUGGUUAUCUCCAAGUUCUAGAACAAUCAAUCAAGCUGUCAAGCAUCUUCGUCCUAUAAUUCAAGAGCGGCUAGACAAAGAAAGGGAGUACAAUGGUGAAUGGCCAGGAAAACCAGAUGAUUUUUUGACCUGGCUUAUGUCAGAGGCUCAAGGGAACCAAUUAACCAUUGAAAAUCUUACACUGCGUAUUCUUUCAGUCAAUUUUGCAACAAUUCACACAACUAGCAUUGUAUUGGUCAAUUGCCUCUAUGCUCUUGCUGCCCAUACAGAGUAUAUCCAACCUUUGAGAGAAGAAGUAAAAGGCCUUGUUGAGGAAUAUGGGUGGACUAAGACUGCUAUAUCAAAAAUGUGGAAAUUAGACUCCUUUAUGAAGGAAGCUGAGCGAACAAAUGGUGGAAGUGCUGUAAGCAUGCAUAGGAAGGCACUUAAAGAAUUCACUUUCUCGAAUGGAACUAGUGUGCCUGCUGGCACUAUUUUGGCUGUAGCUGUCAAUGCAGUUCAUCAUGAUGAUGCCAUAUACCCAAAUGCCAACAAUUUCAAUGGCUACCGCUUUUCUUCCAUUCGAGAGCAACAAGGUGAAAGUAUCAAACAUCAAAUGAGUACCCCUGAUCUCAGCUGGUUGCUCUUUGGGCAUGGUCAUCACUCAUGUCCAGGCCGAUUCUUUGCAGUCAAUGUUCUCAAGCUGAUUCUCGCAUCACUCAUUCUCAAGUAUGAUAUCAAAUUUGAAAGAGAAGGAGAAGUGCCUCCAAAUGAAUGGCUCUCUGUCAACAACAUGCCUAAUACUUCUGCAAAAGUAUUGGUACGAAAGGUGACUUUAAAGGGAGUGUGA